AUAUUAUAUAACAGCUUCACUGUUUCGUUUACUGCUCUCACUUCACUCUGCUUCUUCCACGGUGGCUUGCCGGUGCACACAGUUUUAGAUAUAAAAAAAAAUAUCACUUUUGAUACUAAAGCCAUGGCCGGGAAAGUUGUGCUGCAAUACUUCAAUGGGAGAGGAAAAAUGGAGUCAAUUCGUUGGCUUUUGGCAGUUGCAGAAGUCGAUUAUGAUGAGGUUUAUCUGACAACUCGUGAGCAGUACGAAAAACUCCUGAGUGAUGGAGAUCUCAUGUUCCAACAGGUUCCUUUGGUGGAAAUGGAUGGCAUGAAGCUCAUUCAGACAAAAGCAAUCUUGAAUUACAUUGCAGAGAAGUACAAUCUUCAUGGAAAAGACAUCAAAGACCGGGUCAUGAUCAACAUGUACUCAGAGGGAGUGAUGGAUCUCAUGGAAAUGAUAAUGAUGUUGCCCUUCAGUGCAGAUGCAAACGCACAACUGGAAACCAUUCAAACUAAAGCAAAAGGACGCUACCUUCCUGUGUUCGAAAAGGCACUGUCUGGGCCCAUGUACCUGGUGGGAGGUAAGCUAAGCUGUGCAGAUGUGCAGCUGCUUGAAUGCACCCUGAUGCUGGAGGAGAAAUUCGUUGGUAUCCUCGCAGAGUUUCCCAACGUCAAGUCUUUCCAGGGCAGGAUGACCAGGAUUCCUGCCAUCAGCAAGUUCCUGGAGCCAGGCAGCAAGAGGAAGCCGCAGCCAGAUGAAACUUACGUGAAGACUAUCAUGGAGGUGUUCAAAAUCAAACUACCAUUGAAAUAAACUUCUCACAUUCCUCACACAGGCAUUGUGAAAGAUCCAUUAUGCAAGCACAGCAUGUAUGACAUAUGGAUCUAUUAUUUGCUGGUUGAUGUUUAGAAUAAUACUGCACCAUCCAUUGCAAGUCUAAUUAACAGUAAUCUAUGUCAUAAAUUUACAUUAAAUGGAUGAUAUUAUGUGAAAGUUCUACUAAAUAAAUGUUAAUUUCUGACAUCU